AUGUCUUCAAACGCACAAGAUUAUCUUUAUUCCCUUCGAAAGGGCAAAAUUCCCGAUCCUCGGCUGGCGUGCUUGGUGACUAAUUUUAGGUAUGUCCAGUCUUGACUGCGUUGAUUACUUUUUUUAGAGGAAUUGAUCUGUUACCUCAAUUGUACGCCUAUGGUAACAGUUUCUGUCGUGUUCCCCAUCCAGAAGAGAGGUAUAUCGCUUUAUAUAAUCUAGGCUUUAUCUGUAAUCAACUGAGAGACAGAUGCGAUGUAAUUCAAUAUCCUGCAGUGAGUUUUACCAAAAAUUUAAUUUGACUUUAAUUUUUAUGCUUUUGAUUAUUUAGUUUUGGUAUAAUAUUUUUAGGUAUACCAUGCCAUUGGACGUCUUCUUACUCAAGUUUCGUCGUACGUCCGACAAUAUGAGCGUUUUUUGAUUGAGGAAUAUCUUCCAAAACAUCCAGAUAUCAACAUUCGAAUUCUCUAUAAUCAAAGAUCUUUUUUUAUAACGCCUUUUGAAUUGUUCAGGUGUAUCGUCAACAAUCAACGUCCAGUGAUCUUGUUGGACUGUCGUCGGAGUCGCUCGCCGCAAAUUGUACACUACAAUUUGAUUCAAACGUGUCAUGCUGAACCGGGAUUGUUGCGAGAAUAUGGGUAAUAUAAUUUUUAAAAUUUUUGAUCGUAAUCUUUGACUCUUGAUGCUGUGCCUUUUUAGAAAGACUCCUGAGGAUGUUUUGCGUCUCUUUGGCCUUUGUCCUGGCAAUAUUUUUGAUGGAACUCACCAAGCUCAUCGUCAUGUUAUUGUUAAUGAUGAGCUGAUCCGCCGUGAUUUUAGUCUCGAAAAUCCUAACUCCGACUGUCGUUGGCUUUUGGAAAUGUUGUCAGGACCUCCGUUCCAUCUGAAUUUGUUGAUUUUGGAAGGUGGAGUUCGAGAAAUGGAGCAGUGGUUUCCAAUGAAUGUAAAAUAUUUGGAAGAGGAAGACAAUGAAAUUGGUAGACGACUGAGAAUCCUAGAAGCGAGUAGAAGCCAGGAUCAAGGUGAAGGUAGGCGAGAUAGUGUUACAAUCGUUUGCGUAUCAUGUUUUACGGCUUUAUGAUACAAUAUUAUGUUAUUCAUGGCCUAUUAUGAUAAUUUUUUGCAGCUUGGGAUGGAUGCGCGCAGACUUCGCAUGAGUUCUCGCAAUUGAGGAUCAAUGAGAAAAGACCAGCAAAAUUUCCAUUUGAGAUUUUGAUGGAGAAAAGGGCACGGACCUCAAUGCGGGAAAAACCUAAGAAUAAAUUGGACAAGGAGAUGGGAAAAGAUAAGGAAAAUGAGGAAGGACACAGCCAUAUGAGAUGUAGAACCACUAGCAUUUCAUCAGAAGGUACGAGGUUUCUGUUUAUUUAAUAACUACAACUGUAGUUUUAAAUAUUUUAAUCAAAUUUUAGAAGAGAUUUCAAUUCCAACUUCCACCUUGGUGCGACCCAUUGCAGAAUGCCUUGGGUUGAGCUCAAAGCCCCCUGAGAAGAAGGCCAGUGAUGGUUUCUCUGAGAUAAAUAAUGUUGAGAAAAUCCCCAGGAAUGACGAAGAAAAUACAAAGAAAGUUACGGUGGCAGAAAAUGAGAAUGAAUCAGAAGAUGGACCCAAAAAUGAUGAUGUAAAUGAAAAGGAGGUCACUGAAGUUGUGAAAGACGAAAUCACGCAUCCAGAAGAUCCAUUUUCCGAGAAAGAACGAGGAGAUAACUCAGUGGAUAAUAAUAAUAAUACUAACUGUUUCCGAGCAGAAGAGGAAACGAAGGUAAUGAAACCAGAAGGGCCGUCUUUUAUUGAGCAAAUCAGGUAAUUGAAGGCCCUAUUGACUAUAUAGCGAUUGGAGGAGCAUGUUGAUCCUAUGGCUUUUCAGUUCUGAUAACAUUUCCCUUUUGGAUGUCUACCGUUUGAUUUUGGAGGAGUUCAAAAGUUUAUCGGUGAUCGGUCCAGAGGAACCUGGCUUUACUGGAUUUUUCAACAUUGGGAAUACUUGUUUUAUGAAUGCCACUUUACACGCGCUGUUGAGUUGCUCUCAUUUGGCUUACUUCUUUUCCGACACAAGCUUUAUUCACUGCGUGAAUUCGUAAGAUUUUUUAUCAUAUGAGAUGCAAAUGUCAUGCUAGGAUUUAUUAUUGCAUUUUAGAGACAACCCCAAUGGCACGAAAGGCCGUUUGAGCGCUUGUUUCAAGGCUCUGGAGGAUGUUUAUUGGGGCGGGGAAUUCAAAACCAUCAGUAUCUGGCCUUUCUAUGUAAGUUUAUGUAGUUUGAUUGCCCUGAGGUUUGCGCCCAACGUUUAGUUGUUUCUCUUUUGCAGAUUAUCUUCCGACAGUACUGCCCUCAAUUGUGCAAUCGCCGUCAACAUGAUGCAGCCGAGUUCCUGACCUUUCUUCUCGAUCUUCUCCAUGAGGAUUUGUUGAAAGAAAGCGAGAAAAAGGAGGUCGAACAAAAUUAUGACACCAAGGAGAUAUGGGAAAAUUGGAAUCAUUAUAAGGAGAAUAACGCCAGACGGCGGGAGUCUCCAAUAAACUCCAUAUUCAAGGUAAGAUUAUCGAGCGACAUUGUAUUGUUUCAGUUCGUGACUUCCAUUUAUUUCCAAUGUGAGGAGUGUGGAAAUGUGAAAUUAACUUUUGAAGAAGAUAAUCAGAUCCGAUUGGACUUGCCAUCCAAAAGCCUUUGUCGAUUAUCCGACUGUUUGAAGAAGUAUUUCGAGAGUUCUGUGAGUUCUAUAUUGUAUUUGACAUUAUUCUUAAUUUUGUUAGGAAUCAGAUAGUUCCAUCAAAAGAGAGUGCUCUUGCUGUGGAAAACCUCAAAGAUGCCAACGGUUGGAGAAGUUGUGGAUUCUACCACCAGUCCUAAUCAUUAUUUUAAAGAGAUUUGAAGUGAAAAAUUACGAGUCUUUGAAGAAGAACACGGCCACUGUUGAAUUCGACAUGGAUCAUCUGGAUAUGGCCAACUAUAUUCAUGAACAAGCGGACUAUGAGACAUCAAUGUAUCAAUUACAGGCGAUCACCGAGCACAAUGGAACUCUGACUUCGGGACAUUAUGUCACUUAUGUCCGAUAUACCAGAGAACAGUGGAUAAAAUAUGAUGAUGAGAAAUGUUUCCGGGUCAAAGAGUGGAUUCCGAGGGUAAGGCAUUGUUCUGGAAAUGUUCUUAUAUUGAUCAUUAUUUGUUUCAGAGAUGCAACGCGUAUGUUUUAUAUUAUGUUAGUCAGCCCGAGGAGAAAAGAAUGGAUAACAAUGGUUCAGUUAGCUAA